AAAUGCAAAACCUACCCACAAAAAAUACCCGUAGGGGAGUAUCUCAUUCGGCUCUACAUCUUUCUUCUCCGUUCAAUUCAGCGACCCAUUCGGCGCUUCUCCGCCGUAUCAACCUACAUGUUCGACUUAGCUUCCGGAAAACAUUUUCAGGUUAAAUGAUCUAUGAAGUUUGGAGAUGGAUAAUUUGUGAAAAAAAUCUCUGAAAUUUUUCCACCAAUAUUAUUAGGCACUUUUAAGUGUUCUUGCUUGCUGCUAUAAUGGGUACCCCGGAGACGUCACGUGAACCAUGCCCGGACCGUAUCCUCGACGAUGUUGGUGGGGCAUUUGGUAUGGGUGCUGUAGGAGGUUCUGCCUUCCACUUCUUGAAAGGAAUAUACAAUUCACCCAAAGGCGAACGCCUGGUGGGGGCCACACAGGCGGUCCGCAUGAAUGCUCCACGUGUUGGCGGUAGUUUUGCAGUAUGGGGAGGACUGUUUUCCACCUUUGACUGUACAAUGGUUUACGUCCGAGCAAAAGAGGAUCCGUGGAACUCCAUUAUUGCUGGUGCGGCGACGGGUGGGUUUCUCUCGAUGCGUCAGGGUUUGGGCCCCGCUUCCAGAUCAGCUUUGUUUGGCGGUGUGUUGCUUGCAUUGAUCGAGGGGGCUGGAAUCAUGUUGAAUAAAAUGAUGAGCGUACCACAGAAUCUUCCACCGAUGGAUGAACAACUUCCUCCUAAUAUGGCUGGAUUUCCGACUGGUCAACUGCCCGGCCAGCUUCCUAUGAGCAUGGAUGGUAUUGGUGGUGGUGGGUCCUCCCCGGCUUCUUCUUCGUCAUCUUCUUCCUCCUCACCUUUGUCGUGGUUUGGAGGGUUGAUUGGUGGUGGUGAAAAUAAGCAGGAGACAAGCUUGGACAGUGGGAGCAAGACAAAUGUUUUGGAGAGUUUUGAUGCUCCCAACCCUCCGAGUUUCGAGUAUAAAUAAAUGACCUGAAGGAUUCAACAUUUUAAUGAGUGGCACAAUUGGCAAUGGAGACUAUGCUGUGUAUGGUAAUGGAUCUGGAGAAGAAAUUUAGGGGUCAAUGGAAAUAAUGUGAUUGAUUUGCUGCCAAUGACAUAUUACGUCGUAAGAUCAUAUUAGAUUUGGAGAGCUCAUGAUACAGUCCUCAUUUUUGCUAUCACGCCGUCAAAUGCAUUUGAUGUUUCACCUAAAGAUUACCGAUUCCAAUUUUGUAUCUGCAUUAUAUGUACUUAAUGACUGGAGUAUACCAAUGCGGCUCUGAGAUUUUUUUAAUGUGUUUGAUGUACUAAAUAUUUCUUUUUUAUUUGGUUUGGUGUACUGGAUUUUAAUAUAAUGCAUAUAAUGAUGCCUCAAAGUUUGUCUAUCAAUACUAAUGUGGUACGUCCCGAGCAGCUGAGCCUGCUCCCAGAGUCAUUAUGAG